AUGUUCGUAUUUUUUGUUAUUAAAGAUUUUUCUUCUAUUGUAACUGCAACUUUCCUGAGCAUCAAGCUUUACCUUACUCUACGACGCCACAUGAAUCAAAUUCAGCUCACCCAAGUUGCGCGGAAUGAGCAAGGCGAAAGUGUUCAAAGAAAAAGGACAUCUGCGAUGGCAUCGCAUUACGUGUAUUUGGUUUUCACAGUUUGCCAUUUACCUAAUAUUUGUGUGUUAAUUAUCAUCGCUUCCACUUCCGAACCGAGGAACGAUCUACAGCAUUUGCAUUCUUAUACUCUGAUCCUGUUGUUUCUUAAUUCAACCCUUAACCCACUGAUCUACUGCUGGAAAGUGAAACAGAUUCGACACACUGUGAUAGCCACACUGCGAAAUAUAUUGUCAAGACAUCAGUUAACGAAACCUUUGGGAGGAUUCAGAACGCCUUAUCAAGUACAAACCGGCGUCAAGCAGUUCAACCUGCGGGAGAUGACGGCAUUUUCAAGUUACACUAACUACACAAAAUUUAAGAGAGCUUCAGUGUGAUGUGUCUUGCGUCUAAAACUAUUUCACCUCUUUUCACCUUCAAAAUAUUAUCUAGUUAUGAAAAAUAUCACAGAUUUCAUGACUGUCUAAGAAACAACAACUAUUUUCAACCCUUAUCUUGGGAGUUGUAAGUCGUUAUUGCAACGCCAAAGACCGCACGUCAUUAGCUUUCCAGUAUCAGCGCAUUAGGCGGCAUAAUAUUGAAAGUAGUCAAGAAAUAGCGAAUUUAAUAAAAAACGCUAUACUUACCUUAUUCUUUCAAGAUUUUAUGACUGAGAUCAACACCGCUAUGCACUAAAAUUGUUCGGACGGGUUUUCUACAUCGAGAAUUGCCAUUUUAGAGUAUUUUGCAACAAAAACAGAGCAGGAACAUAGCCCUGCAUGUGUUCUCUCAACAUUUCCUUCGACCGGCGGAUGCGAUAAGGCGGCUCCAUGCAACGGAAAAAUGUUUGGACAAGGUUAACGGUGAUUUGAUUAAUUUUGGGGUGGAAACCAAACUGAUUGCUUUCUUUUGAUUUCUAAUUGCUUUGAAAAUUACACAUAAAACACAAAAAGCAAUCGUACAGAGCGUCUUUACAACAAGUGAGACCGAGUAAAAUAUACUAACAUGUUCAUCCAUGUAGUUGGGUUAAAAGAAUGACGAGGAAAAAUUUAUAAAGGUAACUAUUCUAAACAUAGUUGAUCCAACAGCCUUAGUUUAAGUUCAAAUAAUAAGCAGCACGCCACAUUGCUAAAUAUUUUAAUGAAUUUAGGUUUAUAUCAGAGAAUACGGAGGACAGAUAGGAUUUCGCCUCUUUUCCGCAUUUCGGGAUACAGUGUAAAAUAUAUGAUAGCAUAUAACGCCGACAGUGGUAAAACUACAAAUAUAUAUACAUAUAUAAAAACUUUAAUUAUGACUUACUGUCAAAGGUGGAAAAAAAAAUGAUGGACAAGUUGGUUUUCCGAUGAUUACGUUGAACUGAGUUUAAUUUGUUAAACAAAACCCCUGUUUUCUAAUUGCUUUAAAGCUUAAAUAUGGAAACCAAUAUUCAAAACAAUUUUACAACCUGUUCAAGUGACAACAAGGAAGACAUCUCUUUUGACACACAAAGAAGAAGCCGCUUGUUAAAAGGAAACUUUUUGUCUCUACUCUGUAAAAGAGAAAUCUUGGUCAAAGUUAUCCUCCUAAUCAAAGGCUAGCUUAUUGACCGUUGGGGACAGUGCACAAUAACUUAUUCUACUGCAAUAUCUUGCUUUACGACAAAUUCAAGAAAGGAUAACAAAUGGAUUCCUCGUACCUCACACUGAGCCUUUUAAACGCAUUUUUAUCUUACGCCGCCACCAUGCUAAACAUUGUUACAAUCCACGCGAUCAGAAAGACUCCGUCUUUGUCAAAAAAUUUAAAAGCAUUGCUCUUGAGUCAGGCCUUUUCUGAUCUUGGUGUCGGAUUGCUGGCUCAGCCAAUGUAUGUUGCACGUCUUAUUAUGGAGUCGAAGCUAAACAGUGGGGCUAACAGUUCUUAUAAUGCCAUCUAUAUCGCGUACCUUAUUCCGACCAAUUUAUUUACUCUCGCUAUGUUGUUUCUCAUUGUUAUUCUGUGCGCUGAGAGAUUCGCGUCCGUUCAUUUUUACCUUAGUUACCAUGAACUUGUGACACAAACGCAUUGUCGCCGUUGUCGUCUCAAUUUGGUCCCUUAG